ACAAGAUGAUGCAAGUUUCCCUUUCCCCUUGAUAUCCAAUAAAGCAGAUAAAUCAUCAGUCAAGCAAACGGCUGGUCUCAGGUGUUUUGUCCCUCCUCCCUCGCCAUAUAAGCGCACCUGUGACAGGCACGAGGCCAGACUCCGCCAUGCCUUCUCCGAUCCCCCCCACCCGCUUGUUGCCCAAAGGCCUGUUUCCCAGCGCGGCGGGCGGUGCCUGCAGCAGCCCACUGGGCCCCCGCACGGCGCGUGGCGGAGCCGCCCCCCGGUGCUGCUCCUCGUUCAUCCUUUGGGAGCAGCUGCGCCCCGUGGAGGCGGUGGGUUCGGGCGGCUUCGGCUCCGUGUUCAGGGCGGAGUACCUCGGGAAGACCGUGGCUCUGAAGAGGGUGAAGAAGAGCAGUAAGAACCGGCUGGCUUCCCGCCAGAGCUUCUGGGCGGAGCUGAACGUCGCUCACCUGCACCACAACAACAUAGUGCGCGUGAUCGCGGCGAGCACGUCCGCGCCGGGAGGCUCUGAGGCCGACAGCAGCAUCGGGACCAUCCUGAUGGAGUUCGUGGGGAACCGGAACCUCCAGCAGAUCAUCUACGGGACGUCGGAGCCGCUGCGGGAGGAGCGCUGCCUCCGGUACUCUGCAGACAUCGCGCGCGGGCUCCGGUACCUGCACGCGCACAGCCUCGUGCACCUGGACAUAAAGCCCGCCAACGUCCUCGUGAGCAGCGAGGAAGUCUGUAAAAUAGCAGAUUUCGGCUGUUCCGUGAAACUGGACCGCGCGCGGGAAACCUGCGCGGACCACCCGCACGUCAGCCUCGUGGGUGGCACGUACACGCACCGAGCCCCGGAGCUGCUGAAGGGCGAGGCCGUGUCUCCCAAGGCGGACAUCUUCUCCUUCGGAAUCACGCUGUGGCAGCUGCUGACCCGGGAGCCGCCCUACGCGGGCGAGCGCCAGCGCGUGCUCUACGCCAUCGUGGCGCAGGACCUGCGGCCCUCGCUGCGGGACAGCGCCGUGUUCGGCUCGGAGCUGGGGGGGCGGCUCCGGGCACUGCUGGGCGCGUGCUGGAGCGCAGACGCUCUCCGCAGACCCAGUGCGUCUGAGCUGCUGGAGCUGCUGCAGCAGCUGCUGUAACCCGGAUGGAUUCUGGAGCUCUUUUUACUCACAUGUUCUGAUUACUUUUCAUUAAAAUGUUUCUAAUGCUGAA